UCCUACAUCACCAUCGCGACGGCGGGAUAAUAUGGACAGAGCCAGUCAAGUCCUAGCGCAAGGCGUACCUCCUGGCGUGCCUAGAUCAUACCGUGCUCUUGCAGAUCAUGGCAACGUCCCUCAUUCUACACUCCAUCAUCGGAAAGAAAACGUUACAGCUUCAACAGUAGUCAAGACCAGCCCAGCUUCUCACAGUCCCUUAUCUUUACAGACAGCUGUGCUUCCACGGCCUCUACUACUACUUCCUCGAAGAAAUACUUAGACGGUGGCCACUUAAAGUCUAGUAGCUGGCUAAGAGACCCACCAGAAUAUUGGCAAUUUAAAUCUUAUUAUAUUGUUACA